AUGUCGGACAAGUCUGGUAUCUCGGUGAAAGUUGUACCCACGAAGCCAAUUGAUGGACAGAAGCCAGGCACAAGUGGCCUCAGAAAGAAGGUAACUGUGUUUCAGUCGGAGCAUUAUCUGGAAAAUUUCGUGCAGUCAACCUUCGAUGCCCUUCCAGCGGAAAGCCUCUCUGGUAGCACGCUUGUGGUGUCUGGCGAUGGGCGUUACCUGACGAAGCCCUCUGUUGCCACAAUUGUACGCAUGGCCGCUGCAAAUGGGGUCGGAAAGGUGUGGGUGGGCAGAGGAGGCCUGAUGUCCACCCCGGCAGUCUCAGCGGUGAUCCGCAACCGCCACGGGGGAGAGGCCUAUGGCGGCUUCAUCCUGACUGCCAGCCACAACCCUGGCGGACCCAAGGAAGACUUUGGCAUCAAGUACAACUGUGAGAACGGCGGCCCUGCACCGGAGAAGCUGACAAAUCAGAUCUACCAGAACACCACAAAGAUCUCGGAGUACUACAUUGCGGAUGAGUCCCUGAAGGUGGACAUUGACAAGCUGGGCAGAUCCACCUUCCUGGUCCAGCACAAGGACUCUGGCAAGUUUGGAGAGUUCACUGUCGAGGUGAUUGAUGAAGUGGAGGAUUACCUGAAGCUGCUGAGGAAGAUCUAUGACUUCAACGCGCUGUCAGCGCUGCUGCGCCGCCCGGACUUCAAGUUUGCCUUUGAUGGCAUGCACGGCGUGGCCGGCCCCUACGCCAAACGCAUCUUUGUUCAGGAGCUGGGAGCGCCGGAGUCGAGCUGCCUGAACUGCGACCCCAAGGAGGACUUUGGCGGGGGCCACCCGGACCCCAACCUGACCUACGCCCACCACCUCGUCGACACCAUGGGCCUCGGCGAACACUCCUCCGCCGCUGCCGAGGUGCCGGCGUUCGGGGCGGCGUGCGACGGCGAUGCGGACCGCAACAUGAUAUUGGGAGCGCGGUUCUUUGUGACGCCCAGCGACAGCGUUGCGAUCAUUGCGGCCAACGCCAAGGAGGCUGUGCCCUACUUCCACUCUGGGCUGAAGGGCGUUGCGCGCUCCAUGCCCACCUCAGCCGCCCUCGACAGGGUGGCGGAGGCGAAGGGCAUCAAGUGCUACGAGGUGCCGACGGGCUGGAAGUUCUUUGGCAACCUCAUGGACGACGGACGCUGCUCCCUCUGCGGCGAGGAGAGCUUCGGCACCGGCUCAGACCACGUCAGGGAGAAGGAUGGGCUAUGGGCGGUGCUGGCGUGGCUUUCCAUCCUGGCCUACCGCAACGGCGCCAAGAAGGAGAACCUCGGCGACAACGGGCCGCUGGUGACGGUGGAGGAGAUUGUGAAGGAGCACUGGGCCAAGUACGGGCGCAACUUCUACACGCGCUACGACUACGAAAACGUGGACAGCGCCAAAGCCGACAAGGUCAUCAGCACUCUCAAGGCCAAGAUCGGCGAGAUCACUCAGGUGCGCAAUUUCGUGAUUGACAAAUCGGACGAGUUCAGCUACACGGAUCCGGUGGAUGGCAGCGUGAGCGCCAACCAGGGCAUCCGCUUCCUCUUCUCCGACGGCUCACGCGUCAUCUUCCGCCUCUCCGGCACUGGCUCAUCGGGGGCGACCAUCCGCAUGUACGUGGAGCAGUAUGUGGCGCCAGAUGCCGGCCCAGAGAAGCUGCACGCGGACGCAGCAAAGGCCCUGGAGCCCCUGGUCAAUGUGGCGCUCACCCUGUCAAAGAUGCGCGAGCUCACCGGCCGCGAGAAGCCCACCGUCAUCACCUGA